AAAAUGUCGCGCAGUCAGACAAAGCGUCACCUGACUCCCGCCGACGAGUACAAAUGUACUCUCUCGGAGGAGAUCCAGGCGAUCGCUGAAGAGGAGCUGCGGGAAACUGAGAAUUCCAGGUCUCAAGCCCUGGAAGCUCUGCGGAACUGGAUCGAGCAACAUCCCAAAUUCAUGGCUGUACGAAUGGAUUCAAACUUCCUGUUACGGUUCCUCCGUACGAAGAAAUUCAGUGUACCGAUGGUCCAAGAGGCCAUUGAACGCUACAUACUGCUCAGACAAUCCUGGGGAAUUGCCUUCAACCAGCUGGACUACAAGCUACCAGUUAUGAUGGAAAUUAUUAACCUUGGGUACAUCUUCGUGAGCCCCUUCAAAGACAAGCGUGGUCGUCGAGUCGUCAUUUAUCGUCCUGGUGUAUUCGAUCCCUACAAAUAUACGAAUCAAGAUAUGUGCAGAGUCAUGGCAACUUGCUAUGAAACUCUCAUGGAGGACGAGGAGUGCCAAGUGCGAGGUAUUGUCCACUAUGCUGAUGGAGCUGGGGUCAGCUUCCCUCACCUCACCCUGUUCACACCAAAAGAGGCUGUUCGGAUUGUGAAGAACGGCGAGAAAACAAUACCGUUGCGACACAAAGAAAUAUACGGCGUAAAUGUGCAUCCUACAAUUAAAUUUGCCCUGGAUUUCGGAAUGGCUCUUAUCUCGGAAAAAAUAAGGAAGCGUGUAAAAUUAUACACCGCUGUUGAAGAUGUUGAGAUCGACAAGCAACUAUUGCCUUUGGAAUACGGCGGUACCAUGCCCAUGAAAGAAAUGAUUGAACUAUGGAAAGAAGAACUAGCCAGCAAACGGGACAUCCUCCUGCUAAACGACAAGAUGGCGGUGCGAUUAGAAAUGUACAGCGAAGCGGCGCGAGAGGGCGCCAUCUCCGCAUUACGCGCCGGCGCGAACACGUGUGCGGGCGCAGACACAGUCGGUGACGCAAUGAGAGGACUCACGGGCAAUUUCAGAAAGCUCGAAGUCGAUUAAAUAUAAGGAAAAGAAGACUACUACAUCCAUAGAUUAAGUAUUUUUAGAUAUGUUUAAGUAUUACUAUAAUGCGUAUAAUUGGAAAUACGCAAUAUUUUAAUUGCGUAUGAUGAUGUACCUUUAAUUACAUCUUGCCUAAAAUUUUUGGUAUACUUAGGAAAUAUAAGUAUGUUGUUAAGAAAAUAUGUACAAAUAAGGAUCCUUAAAUGUCUAAGAAAUAAAAACCUUCAAGUA